AUGCUCACACGAUCGACACGCAUCGCACGACCUCUCUCUUCAUCACUCUGUACCAUGUCCAAGCCGACUGUCGCGAAGAAUCUCCAGGGGAAGGUCAAGAUCCCCCAGUUUGGGCUGGGCGUGUAUGAGAUGGGGGACCAGGCGACGUACGAUGCGUGCAUUACCGCACUCAAGGAUGGAUACAGACACAUAGACACUGCGGAGUGGUACGAGAAUGAGGCGCCGGUCGGCCGCGCCGUGCGCGACUUUGUGUCUUCCUCGGGCGUGCCCCGAUCCGAGAUCUUCGUCACGUCCAAGUUGAUGCGGAAUCGGACGUACGACCUCGCUUUGGCCGACUUGAAGAACUCGCUGCAAGAGGCGGGGCUGGACUAUUUCGACCUGUACCUGAUGCACUCGCCUCUCGGCGGUGCGGCGAAGCGAAAGGAGGUCUGGCGAGCCCUCCUCGUCGCCCGGGACCAGGGACUCGUCAAGUCUGUCGGCGUCAGCAACUUUGGUGCCAAGCAUAUCGACGAGAUGAUUGAGGAUGGUGUCGAGCUGCCCGUGCUCAACCAGAUUGACCUCCACCCUUUCAUGCGGCAUCCGGACAUCGUCGACGCUUGCGAGAAGCACGGUAUCGCGCUUGAGGUUCGACCACCCUGUUGUCAUCAAAAUGAAGGAGAAGUAUGGGAAGUCUUCGGCUCAGAUAUUCCUCCGGUGGGGGUUGCAGCAUCAACUGACAUCCAGGGCUACAUCGUGAUCCCGAAGUCGGCCAACCCGAAGCGUAUCGUCGAGAACGCGCAGAUCUUCGACUUUGAGAUUAGCCAGGAGGACAUGGACGAGCUUGACGACCUCGACGAGUAUCUCGUCACCGACUGGGAUGUUGUCGGCGCCGACUAA